CCGAGAAUCCCAACUCUGCGGCCACAUACAGCAGCAACAUCACUACCACUGACGAUAACAAUAACGACAGUAACGGCGACAACGACCCUGACGGAACAAACGAGUCCCAGCCACAAGACACCAUCAUGGACGAAAACACACGAGUAGAGGAAAAAUUGCAGCAGUUCAAGAAUGACAACACGAGGGAUGACAGUGAAGACACGAAAGGAACAUACAGCCUGACGUCAGAGUGGGAUAAACAGCGGCGACGGAACUUGAUCUUUGACGAAGAGAGAUUCGAAGAAACCUUCCUGAAGUGUCUCAUCUGUCGAGAAAUGUACAACGAAGUUGACAAACUUCCCAAGAUGCUGCACUGCCAUCAUACGUUUUGUAUGGACUGUCUGUAUCAGAUGUACCGUAUUCAGUGUCCAACUUGCCGGGAAGGUGUUCUCAUCUCAGAAGCCGAGCUGCGACGCCUGCCUAACGACCACACUAUCAUGGAACUCUUAUGCUUUGUAAGCCAGACGGGGAAGAGCGACGUUCAGUACUGCAGCAAACACCAGAUGCAGCCACUGAACUUCUUCUGUGAGCCCUGUAUCGCACCAGUAUGCUGUGACUGCACGGUGAUCGAUCACAGGGAAUCAAAGGGGCACGUUGUUGUUAAUAUAGAUGAGGCCAUGAAAAAAUACACCCCUAUUGUUGAAGAGACACUGGAGGAUAUCAGCUCUGAGAAAACCAUCCUGGCUGAGAAAAAGGACGCUCUAGAAGGCGCCUUGGAAGAUCUAGAUCAAAUUCAGAAAAAUCUCAACACGCAGAUCCGAGUUGUUUUUGACCAAAUUCGGGAGGUUUUAAGUGAGCGCGAAAGAGAACUUUAUGAUGUUUCGGAGUCAGAAAUAGAGAGAAAACGUGAAAUUCUCCACGGGCACAUGAAAGUUUUAAUGGACAGAGACUCGCAACUAAACUCGCAGUUUAAGGAACUACAGAAAGCCAAAGAGGAUAAAGACAUUAGUUUGAUUUUUACGGGCCAUAAAACUGCCAGAGAAGUGUUAUCAACACAAGUAAAUAUACCUACAAACUCCACCAAAGGCUUUUCUGUCACUUUUCAGUUCAGCAGUCGAGCAGAUACUAUAAUUAAACAACAAGUGGCUAAUUUGGGAGAUAUCAUAUUUCAGUCAUAG